AUUUAGACAGAUUUGUGAACAAUAUUAGAGAGAAAUAGGCCUUUUUUGUACAUAGAGUCUUAGAUCUUGGAGUUCAGCUCAUGAUAAAUGGGGACAAAAACAAAAGUAUUGCGUUAAUGAUUCUGUUCAGUGUAUAACAUCUGUAAGCAUCACUAGUAUGCAAGAACAUCCCUUUAUUACCUUUAGAAAAUGUACAACUUACAUACGACAUACCAGUUGUCCAGAGACAGUACCAAGUUUAAUGUGUGUGUCGCGUGUGCAUUUAUGGAUAGUGUGAGUGUGUGUGUGUGUAACGUGUGUGUGUAACGUGUGUGUAACGUGUGUGUAACGUGUGUGUAACGUGUGUGUGUAACGUAUGUGUGUAACGUGUGUGUAAUGUUGUUGUGUGCUACAGUUUGUCAUCGUUGGAUGCAACAGCCGGCCAGGGAACGAGACAGAGAAACGGGACGGUGCCCUGUCAGACGACCCUACCCACUCUGCUCUGACGACCAGUGGGGGUCCAAGUGUCCGUCGGGCUGCAGACUCCUGGGGCAGAUUGAGGAGACGGAGAUGCAGACAGGGGACAGACUGAGGAACAUCUGCGAAAGGAAACUGAAGUAUGAGGAGAUGUCUACAACGUCCAUGUUGACCACCAAACACAUCUACUAUACCAACCGCAAGGCUAUUGUCCAGAGAUAUGUCUCUGAGGUGAAGUAUGUGGAGUUUUCUGAGAGGCUGGCUCAGAAUAUGACCUGGCUCAGGAAACGUUUGUACGUGUUGUCACAGAAAUUGAAGGAGCAGCAUAUCCGCAUCCAGAAACAGAUAGAGGACAUUUACCGACAAGAGGUGGACAUUGAAAUCAAACUGCGAGCCUGCCAAGGAUCAUGCAAGAGGACCUUUGCUUUCCGUAUUGACCACAUGGGCUAUCGGUUGCUGCAAGAUCAGAUGACCCUAUUUGAUAACAUCUCCUUACAGAACGAUACAAAAUCUCCUACAAAAGGCAUUCCUAAAAUUAAACUACAGCCAGUUAAAGUUGGACCUCCACCGUCGUUUGGCUACAAAACCAUUCCAAUUGUACAGAAAGAACUCCUGACUCAGUUUGAGGAUAUAGAUCAGAACCACGUGUUUCUAGAAGAGGUUCUAGAACAGACAAAAUGCCCGUGUUUCCGAAAUGGAUCCAAAAAGUAAAAAAGCCGUCAUUCUAGAAUGUGAUGAACUUAGAUAGAGAAUUAUUUCUUCAAUAUCAUCUUUAGGUCUCAUCUCAUUGAGAAACUUUUAUUAUAAAAUAGGUUCAUAUAUCAACUUUAAAUUAUAUCUUAAAUUUAAGGAAUUUUGUUUUGACCCAUGUACUGUUAUUAACAUAAUAAUUUCCUACAAUGUGUUUUACAGAUCACCAUAUUCUGUUAUUCCAUCCCUGAAACCGAACUACCUCCAUUUUCAUAAACAUUUUUAUAUUUUUAAGCUAUGGAACUAUUCAGAAAAUACCUCUUUGUUUAUUACGAGUUAAUAAAUAAUCUAUUUGGCUUUGUAUACAGUCUGAUGCAUUACAUUUCAGUAUUUAUCCACCAUAUUAGAUUUUAGAAUGUAAAACAAUUAAUUUGACAUGUGUUGUCAUAGGAAGAUAUUACAGUACACAACAGGGAUUCAGUAACAGAACUGGAUAAUUUGUAAAGUUUAAGGAAAACUAUUCUGAUUUAUAGCACCAUAGCAUACAAGCCUGUUUCCCAAAAAGCUGGGAAGUCUUUUCAAAAUGGGCAUGUAUUUUACCAUUCAGAAACGAAAAAGAUGACAAAGGAGACCACAAACUAAAAUCCUACAUCAAGCAAGAAUGGGAAAACAUUUCACUUUUAAAAGUACAGCAGUUGGUCUCCUCAGUCCCCGAACGCGGACAGAGUAUUGUUAUAAGAGGUGAUGCAACUCAGUGGUGAACAUGCCCUUCACAACUUUUUUGAAAUGUGUUUGCUGGCAUCA